AUGACACAGAGGGCAUACUGUGACAUAUGCAAUCGACAACGAUCAAAGAUAGGAGCUCGAGCUGCAUCGGCUCGACCAAAACGCAAUGCUGUAAUGUUGGCAUGUAUGGUGAAACUGAAUAUUUUGACUAUGGACAGAGCACGGUAUAUCUAUAAUGAUCUUCUUCGGUCGACGAGGAUGUACCAUAACACAGUCAAGUCAAAGAAACGCUUUUGUGGAGAUCACUAUACGCAAAGUGCUUUGUACCUCGGCGAAAUGGUCAAGAGAAGAACUGGUCAAGAUUCAGUUCAUGGAUUUGAUACCGUGCAUCACAAUAUUAUUCUGGAUGUACUGAACGAAUUGGGUCUGGUGGAAAACCCCUUCGACGAGGAAAUAAAGAUAGGCCCGUUCGAUUUGACAGGGUUCUACAACCUGUAUAUGUCCGAAUUGAGAGCAACUGAAAACAGGCAAAGAAACCUACAGGCUAUUAUUGAUGCGUCUGAAGUGCAAAUGCAGAGUGGCAAACCAGAAGUGAAGGCACCUCCGCCUAAUACUACUCCUAGCUCAUUAUUUCUUGUGCAGAAUGUGAAGCCAGAAAAUGUGAAACCAGAAGUGAGGGUACCACCGCCCAGUACCACUUCUAGCCCACUAUUUCUAGUUGUACCGCCAAAAGUUACUACCACAGCCGAACCUGUGACUAGUAAUGACUUAUUCGACAAUUCUUCGCUUAAAACAGAGCAACCAGAGCCGGAAGAGGUCGACUUCCCUGAAACUGAUCCAACACUAUUAGAUAGGUUUUUUCUCGUCAGAGGAAGGAAACUUAUGGAUCUCUUCCGAUUUUGUCCACAAUGUGGCCAGGAAGUCUGUAAAACCGCUCUAGCUGCUGCCGGCACGGCUCCUGUUGUACAUUUUCUUUGUGCUAAACAAUGGGAGGGACACGACCUGCAAACAACUCAAUAG